UCAGGGAGUCCAAUGAAAGAAACUUCCCAAGACUGAGGAGAGGAACAUCACAAAGUAAAGCGCGCUGUUUCAGCAUUAACUUUUGGGACUUACGUCGCUUAAAAAGGAAUAUACUUCUUUAAGCUACAUAACAUUUAUCAGCAAAUCAUUGAUUUCUGUUUUUCCACGAACAGCGGAUCGGUUUGGUAGGCAGCCGGACACUUUUGAUGGACAAAAGUGGUCACUUUGUCGGGGAAGGACCUUUGGUUAACUGGUUUAUUUUAGCUUUAUAAUGGAGCAAAUAUCAGUUAAUUCUGUUAUUUAUUCAUUUGGCGACCAUGAGUAAGUGUUUUUGGCGGUGAAUGGUUGAUUUUAUGUAGUUUUUUUGUGAAUACGCAUAAACUGAAGUUCUCUGGGACUUUCAUGAAUACAUCAUUUGGUCAGUAAGUGUGCUGAAUUUGUAAAGGAUGGCCGGCGUGGUGCGCACCCUCAGCCGGUGUCUGCUGCCCGCUGAAGCCGCGCACGAUGACAGGAGUAACGGGAAAGAAAGAGCCCGCGAGCGCGACCUCAACCAGGAGCGCGAGGCGAAGCGGCGCAGUCGAGAGAUCGAUGCGAUGCUCGCGCGAGAGAGGCGCGCGGUGCGGCGUCUUGUGAAGAUUCUACUGCUGGGCGCGGGAGAGAGCGGGAAAUCCACUUUUCUCAAACAGAUGAGAAUCAUCCACGGCAAAGAGUUUGACCAGAAAGCGCUGCUCGACUUCAGGGAUACGAUCUUUGAGAAUAUCAUCAAGGGGAUGCGGGUACUCGUGGAUGCCCGAGACAAGCUUGGUGUCCGCUGGCACAACUCAGAGAACGAGAAGCAUGGCAUGUUUGUCAUGUCCUUUGAGAACAAAGCAGGCAUGCCCGUCGAACCCUGCACCUUUCAGCUGUACGUACCAGCCCUGCAGGCACUGUGGAGCGAUAGUGGGAUCCAGGAAGCCUAUGGGCGACGGAGUGAGUUUCAGCUGAGUGAAUCAGUUAAGUAUUUCCUGGAUAACUUGGAUCGAAUCGGACAACUGAGCUAUGUACCAAGCCGACAGGACAUCCUACUGGCCAGGAAAGCCACUAAGGGAAUUGUGGAGCAUGAUUUUGUCAUUAAGAAGAUCCCCUUUAAGAUGGUAGAUGUGGGUGGACAGCGCUCUCAGAGACAGAAAUGGUUUCAGUGCUUUGACGGCAUCACCUCCAUCCUCUUUAUGGUGUCCUCCAGCGAGUUCGACCAGGUCCUAAUGGAAGACCGCCGCACCAACCGCCUGGUGGAGUCCAUGAACAUCUUUGAGACCAUAGUCAACAACAAGCUCUUUUACAACGUCUCCAUUAUCCUCUUCCUCAACAAGAUGGACCUUCUGGUAGAGAAGGUACGCAAGGUCAGCAUUUGCAAGCACUUUUCCGACUUCCGGGGAGACCCUCACCGGGUGGAGGAUGUUCAGGCUUAUCUGGUGCAGUGCUUCAACCGCAAACGGCGCAACCGCAGCAAGCCCCUUUUUCACCACUUUACCACUGCCAUUGACACUGAGAACAUUCGCUUUGUGUUUCACGCUGUGAAGGACACAAUUCUUCAGGAAAACCUAAAAGACAUUAUGCUGCAGUGAGGGUCUGUUUCACAUUUUUACUGUUGUUUAUACCAUUUUUCAACCUAUUUGCAACCUAUUUCCUGCAGUUUGAGAGGAAACACCUACUGGACUUCAUUUUAAAUCAUCUUUGCUUGACGAAUAUACUCCGUUGUGUGAAAAGGAGAAAUAGUUUUAUGAAGGACAUGGCAUUUAGUUGUAAUAAAAUUACAAAUUGUGAAGUCAUACCGAAGGUUGUAAGAGACCUCAGGACGGGAUGUGAGUGAAUUACAGUUGAAAGUUUGAUAAUGAUCUGUUUUUGAUCAGGAUUCUCAACUCUUCGUCUCAUGGAUAAACUCAACCAAUGCACAGUAACUUUACACUGGCUUGUCACCCAAAUAACAUCCUAAAAAUAAAUAGCAAACUUACACUUGAGCGUCCUGUCUGUAGUUUAGAUUCACAUUACUUCCUUGUGUCGACAGGUUAUUUUUAAAACAGUCUAACACUUCAAUGUUGCGGCAUGCACAGUUUAUAGAUGACAUGCAGAAUUCUCAUUACCAAAAAGCAGGGUUUUUUGUACAUAUUGAUAAGUGCCUUCUGUACAUUGUAACUGUCUCACCUCUAGUUUUGAACUGUACUUGUGUCUCUUCAAGUUAAGCUAGAAGCUUUAAAAUAUAUAAAGUAGGGUCAAAUCACUGGUUAUGCCUAACACCACUAACUUUAGAUGUAUAAAGCAGUAAUGGUGUUCAUUAAAUGUCAUUAUUGCAUAUCUCUACUUAGUUUUUUUGAGUAUUCAGAUGAUGUAAAGAUUUUGAUAAUCCAUAACAAGGCUUUUGUAAUGUAUACAAACUGUGUACCGUCUAACCUUUAAACAGAGAUUAUGGAGAAGACGGCUUAGAACUGAUCUGUUAUAUUAUCAGUGGAUAUGAAGAUCUUAGUUUCUACUUAAUUUCAGCUGGUCACCGGAUCUUUAUGAAUGACAGCUGUGGGAUUUUGGUCUUAGCUGAUGUUUCUGCACAAGGUCACAGGUUGAAAUCCUGGACGAGCCCCCACUUUGUUGCGCCACUACUCCGUGAAUGAGGCAUGAAAUGACUUCCCAGUAACGUCUGACAAUGCUGAUGAAUGUUUCUUGUGGGUGAUGGCACAAAAACCAUCACAGAUGGUAUAAAUUUAAGUUCGUGUGUAAAACGUGUAGGACGGCUUGAGAUACGUCCUCAUAUUUGGGCCAGGAGGUGAUUGCGCUACGUUUUCACAAGUACAUGCUCCUUUAUGUUUACUGUAAUGAACACUGUUAGCUCUUUAUUUUUAUUGCAAAUCAGCAAUGACAAUGUUUUUCUAUGCCCUAAAGGUAUUUCUGUUUUUCCUCAUAAUCAUAAUCAUGCUCCAUGUUGGCAGGAAAGAUAUCUGACACACCCUAAACUAUUGUCCCUAACAGAUCUUCCCCCUUUUCUCGCAUUUACUGGAAGAUCUCUGGCGCUCGUGCAGAUAAAGCACCAGAUGAUUUCUUUAUUUUAAGCUUGCUUGUUUUCUCCUCCUUUUGGAUCAUAAAAUCAUUGGGAGAAUGUGGAAGUUAAAUAAAGGAUAAUAAAAACAGGCCCUGUGCUCAAAUAUAGAGGCUAUUAAGCAAUCAAGAUAUACACGUUGUCAGUGUAAUUAUUUUGAUGAAUAGUAAGUAAAAAAAAUACAGAAUAAUAAUGUGAAAAACAAUUUCCAGUCUCAUAAUUUACCUAAAAGUAUAAAUGUCACAAUUGCUGUUCUGGCAUUUAAUUUUGUUCUAGACAGAGGCGAGACGAUAAGCAACAAGUGAUGAGAGUCACUUUCUUCCAUCUUAAUCUGUGUUUGUCCUCUAACCAGCCGCAAUAGCGACAAGCAACAGGAUGUUUUGUUGAUAACUUUUUUUUUUUGCUGUGUCGCACUGUGUAGCCCCGCCUAUUGUGUUAUCUAAUUGGUACAAAAACACACAUCUUAACUUAUAACUAUCAUGUCAUGUAAAAUAUUCUUUAAAUUUUUAUCAGAACAUAAACAUUUCACCCUUUGUGCUCAGUGAUAAACCUGGUUAGGACACAUUAUUAGAAUCUCAUGACUGUCAUUGUUAUACUGUAAGUUUUUUUUUUGUGGUUUGCUUCCCUGUUGUUUUACAUAUCCAUUGAUUGUAAAAAGUGUGAAUUUAACUCCAUUAUGUGUGUUUUGUAUAUAAGAACUGUAUAAAUACAAUAAAAAUGUUAAUGUUGAGCUAUA